CAGAGGAACCAGAGUGGGUGGGAACAGGGUGAAGGGCCAGACUGCUUUUGGGCCAGGCCCACCCUCCCUUUUUCCGUCUCACCCCUCUUUCACAGGUACAAGCUGAAGACGGUCAGCUACAGCUACCUCCAAGCCAUGCGGUUUGCGGUGGAGGAGAUCAACAACUCCACUGCCCUCUUGCCUGGGGUUCUGCUGGGGUACGAAAUGAUUGACGUCUGCUAUCUCACCAACACCAUCCACCCCGUCCUGUACUUCCUCGCCGACAACCAGUCCACGAUCCAAAUCCAGAGGAAUUAUACUUUGUACCAUCCAAGGGUCGUUGCUGUCAUCGGUCCAGAUUCGUCCCCGGCGGCGGUCACUGUGGCUUAUAUUUUGAGUCACUUCCUUAUCCCGCAGAUCACCUACAGCGCAACCACGGAGGCUCUGAGCAACCCCAGCAUGUUCCCCGUGGCUUUCCGCACGAUCCCAAGUGCCGAGCAGCAGAUCGCGAUCAUGUUGCGGCUGCUGCACCACUUCAGGUGGAACUGGUUCGUCGUCCUGUCCAGCGAUGAUGAGUACGGCCAUCAGAACCUGCAGCUGCUGCGGUUCCAGGCUCCCCGGGCCUGCAUCGCCCUGCAGGAGACCAUCCCGGUGCGGCGAGCAGAUCAACAGGCUUGGGGCAGCCCCGUCCAGGAGAGGAUCAGGGCCGUGGUGGGCAGGAUCAGCAGGAGCACGGCCAGGGUGGCGAUGGUCCUCAGCCUGGAGCUGCCUCUCUCGGCCUUCUUCGAAGAAGCCAUCGGCCAGAACCUCACCGGCUUGGUGUGGAUUGCCUCAGAAACCUGGGCCACCGACCUGUCCAUCCACAGCAUCCCCAACAUUUCCAGCGUGGGAACCAUAUUUGGGGUGGCCGCGCAGGACAUCCCUGUCCCGGGGUUGGAUGACUUCCGAGUCAGGGGGCCCUCCAGGGUGAGCGGAGACCCCGAAGGGGCAGCCUUUGGCGGCACCUGCAACCAGGAUUGCCAGGAGUGUCUUCCCAGCAUCCAGCUCCACAAUACGAGCCUCCGGCAGAUGGGGAACCGCGUCGACUUCAACGUGUACUCGGGCGUCUACGUCGUCGCGCACGCCUUGCACCGCCUGCUGAGCUGCAACGACACCGGGUGCCCUAAGAAGACCGUUUACCCUUGGCAGCUUCUAAACGAGAUCGGCCGGGUGAAUUUCACUCUGCUCAAUACCACCAUUAACUUCGACAAGAAAGGCGACCCCCCGAACGGAUUUGAGGUGGUGCAGUGGCGGUGGGACCUUCCCGGGGAGCCGUUCCAGAGAGUGGCGACUUACGACUCACUGGAGGACAAGCUCAGCAUCCUGGCGGGACGCAUCUCCUGGCAGACGCCCAACAACAUGGUGAGUGGGGCCUGCGAGGACCUCCCGCAGUCGGACACCUUUGGUUCAGUGGCUGUGGGUGAAGAAAGCUUGCUGGGCACCCAGGAGGUGGAGGGGGCUGGGUGGAAAGAAGGUAAUCUCUGCCUCCCCCCCGGCGCCUUCUUGAACUGUCUCGGAACCUGCCUCCCCUCAUCCUCAGCCACCUCCAUGGAGGAGGGCCACUCCUUCCCUUGCCAAAAUACAUUUCUUGUCCCAAACCCUUCCUUGACUCAGUUUUGCUCUCCAGUUCUCCCUUGUUCUCCGGAGCCCCCCAAGUCUGUCUGCUCUGAACAGUGCAGCCCAGGACAGAAGAAGAAGCAGAUGGGUUCCCUUUCCUGCUGCUUUGAGUGCGUGGAGUGCAAAGCCGGGACGUUUCUCAACGGCAGCAACCAUUUUACCUGCCAGAAAUGCCCACCGGACAUGUGGUCCCAUCCUGGCCGAGAAGAAUGCUUCCCAAAGCUUGUGGUGUACCUGCGGUGGGACCAUCCCGUCUCCAUCACGCUGAUCCUCUUCUCUGCCCUCGGCCUCACGGCAACUCUGGGGAUCCUCGCCACAUUUGCCCGCCACGCCAGCACCCCGGUGGUGAGAUCCGCUGGCGGCAGGCUCUGCUUCCUCAUGCUGUCCUCCCUUGCCCUCGGCUUCUGCAGCGUCUUCUCCUACAUCGGUGCCCCCACCAAGCUCAGGUGCCUCUUCCGCCAAGUGGGCUUCAGCUUCUGCUUUGCCGUCUGCGUCUCCUGCGCCACCAUCCGCUCCUUCCAGAUCCUCUGUGCUUUCAGGAUGGUGGACCGGCUGCCCGCCGCCUUCUCGGCUUGGUCCAAGCCCGGGGGGCAGUGGGCUUUCUUCGCCACCAUUUUUGCCAUCAAGGUGGCCCUCGUGAUGCUCAACGUCCUGUACCACCCCCCGAGGCCUGUCAAAGCCAUCGUAAACAGCAACCCAGCCGAGCUUUUCCUGGCGUGUCACACUGAUUACCUGCCCACCGUCGUGGCCAGCCACGUCUUUGACAUGGUCCUCUCCUUCGUGUGCUUCUGUGUGGCCUACACAGGGAAGGGGCUGCCGAGGAACUACAACGAGGCCAGGUACAUCACCGUCAUCAUGGUCUGCUAUUUCAGCUCCUGGGUGCUGCUCGUCCUGGUCAUGACCGUCUCAGGAGGGAUGGUGGUCACCACCUUGGACACGGCCGUUGUGCUGUUCAACCUGUUCAGCCUCUCCUUGGGCUAUUUCGGGCCCAGGUGUUACGUGAUCUUCUUCCACCCGGAACGCAACACGCCGGCCUUCUUCCAGGCGGCCAUUCAGAGCUACACCAUGGAUCAGGGCUAG